GUACUACUCGCGUCGCGCUUCGCCCUACGCCUGUGUGCCGUCCGUACAACGUCCGCGGACGAGCGCGCGCGCGAGAACCGGGACGUUACGUUAUUAUACCGAGAGGGCCCGGAGCGGACCGACUCUCUCCCGUGUGUAUAUUAUGGUGCUCCUCUCGCGCGUCGCGGUCGCCUCCUCGCAUGGCGCUUAACGAUCGCCACGGCGGUGCCCGCGGAGUCGACAGCUCGAUACCUCGCGGAUAAACUCUUCGCGAUCGCGUCCGUUCCGCGUGACAUUUCUCGCGUGCGAUGUCGCAGAGAGGUCGACGGCAGCCGUGAACGUUCGAGGGUUUUAAUAUCUGCACAUCCACGAGUUUACGAAAGGGGUCUCCUCACGUCGAUUCCUCGCGGAGAUCAUGAAGACGGAAGUCGAGGACACGAGCGGCGACGGUGCGUGCGACGGUGGCGUCGGUGGUCCCAACCUCGCCUGUCCCGAGGGCACCAGCGGCCUGGUCGUCGGCCCGGAAACGUCGCCGAGCGUAAUGGAGUGCGGUGGAUGCGGCGAACGGGUACGCGAGCGGACCGUCCUCUGUGUGGGCGGACGUACGUGGCACUCCAGGUGCCUGAGGUGUUGCGCCUGUGCCAGGCCGUUGCACGAUCAGCACUCUUGCUUCCUGAGAGGCAUGCGGCUCUACUGCAGGCACGACUACGCCCUAGCUUUCGGCGCGAAAUGCGCGAAAUGCGGGCGCAGCGUGGGCGCCGGGGAUUGGGUGAGAAGGGCCAGGGAAAGGGUUUAUCAUCUGGCCUGCUUCGCAUGCGACGCUUGCUCGCGUCAGCUGUCGACCGGCGAGCAGUUUGCCCUCCUGGAUGCCCGAUUACUCUGCAAGGCGCACUACCUCGACGUCGUCGAGGGCAACAACACCUCCUCCGAUGAAGGCGGUGACUCUGAGAGUGGUCACAAGGGUGGUAACAAGGCGAAGAGAGUGAGGACCACUUUUACCGAGGAGCAGCUUUCCGUUCUCCAGGCGAAUUUUCAAUUAGACAGCAAUCCCGACGGGCAGGAUCUCGAAAGGAUAGCACAUGUGACCGGGCUCAGCAAGAGGGUGACGCAGGUGUGGUUCCAAAAUUCGAGGGCGCGGCAGAAGAAGCAUCUUCACACGGGCAAGUUGAAAGGACAACACGUGCACCAGUCGUCACCGAACUCCACCGCGUCGCCCAACGAUUUCGGUCGCCAUAUCAACCUGCAUCUCACGUAUUCGUUUCAACAUCAGCAACAGCAUCAGCAGCAGCAGCAACCGCAGCUUAGCCCGGCCACGUGCAAAAGCCCGACGGGCUCCAUUUAUCACAAUCACGGAUCGGAACAGUCGAUGGACGAGCUCUCGCAAGACUCGAUGCUGCUGUCUAUGCCGAACGAGGUUUAACCGGCCGCAGUCUCGAUUAUAUUGUAAAUACACGGCAUUGCUUUAAAAAGCGUCGAAGAUAGAGAGAGAAAGAGAGAGAGAGAGAGAGAGAGAAGAGACAGACACCGCGCCUCGAGGAAGCACCGCUCAAUGCACGAUUGUUUUAUUUGUCUUCAAGAAAGAUAAAAUUACAAUUCGCGCCAUUACUCUUCGAUGACGAGAUUUCGAACUACGCUCGCAUAUCUCGCGAGUAAAAUGCGCGAAUACAGCAAUGAAUGUGUCUAUAUGUAUACAUGUGUGUGUGUGUGUGUGUGUGUGUCGUUGCGCGUAUGUGCGUGCGAGUGUAAUUCUAUGCUUGACUAAUUUUGGAUCGAUCUGCCUGCUUACCUCUUUCUCGAGUGUGUCCGAUGAUUUUGUACUCGACCACUCAUUUUUCUUCUUGGCGCCUGAUGCAAUCAGGAGGGGAACCGUUCUAACGAAGCCUUCAAAGCGAAUGUAGGGAUGAAAGAGAGAGACGGAUACGCGUCCUGAAGACGUCAUCGGAGACGUAAUUUCGCGUCGUCGACGAAAUCUCGCUCGUGUCCCGUAGCAAUGCUUGUGAAAUGAAAGUAUCUUUCGUAGUAAUCAUGAUAGUCAUGUAAAAGAAUUUCAUUCAAUAUGGAUGUCCUGUGAUGUAAAUAUUGUAAACUAAACAUAUAUAAAUAUAUACAAUUGCACACG